CUUACCCCCAACAGCCAUUCAUAUAUUGUUGGCUUCCUGCACCUGUGCCGAACGAGGGAUGUUACCCCAAGCUUGGACCUCUUCUUCCAAAGCUGCAACUUGUGCCGAGGGGGGCACGCGAAUGCCGAGGGCUUCUCCAAUUUGCAGCAGGUAGCGAAGUUCAAGUUGUUCACUAAGGCGCCCUCAUCCAACAAGGGCUGGAAAGACAGAUGGUGCUAUGUCCGGUUGGCCGAGAACCCCUUCCCGAGGGAGCUAAGGGACCGCUUUCGGUGCCACGAGAAGGUGGGGAGUAUCGCCCUAGAGAAGGAUGGCCUGGAACUCGCCAAGAUCCCGGAGGGUCGGAAAAAGAACAUAACCAUCAAGGAGUGCACCCUCGAGGAAGACCUAUAUGCCCUCGGAUUCCUGAGGUAUCGGUUCAUUGGGGAGACCGAUGAGAAGUAUCCCCUCUAUGAUAAAGCCUUCGGGGGAGCAAGAGGUAGCAAGAUGAAUGCCAAUGCUCUGUUUGCAAAGAGGAAGGGCAAAACCCAGGAAAAGAAGAAGGGGCCCUCGGCCAGAAGCCAGCCGAUGCGUUUUUCCCGAAGGACGUAGAGCCUUCUGUUGAGGAUGUCAAUGCUGCUGAGGGGACCGGGGGGUCGAAGGCCGAGGCGGCCGUGAAGAAGAAGAGAAGUGGUAAGGGGGUGGAGCCCCCUACCAAGAAGCAGAAAGCCGCUGGGGGCGCUGUUGAGGGGGCGGCCCCCCUCAUAAUUAUUGAUGACAUGCCCUCCACUGAUGGGCCUCUGGCCUCGGCCACCCCGAAGGCUCCGGUGAAUCUCCCCCCGGAGGAAUUACCCCGGGAGAUCCUUCAACUCUCCCUUGCCCCCGGUGCUUCACUGAUGCACGGUACUGCCGAGCCGAGGGACUUCCUACGGGGCAUCACCUCGAAGAUGGAUAGAGAAGUCUUCGAGACAUACGACGAUGAUGCCCUCGAGAACAGGAUCCUCCGGUCCUCUCUCACUGCCUGCAUAGCCCUCGGGGAACAGGCCGGGAGGCGUGAGGAAUGGCGCCUUCACGAGGCCGAGCAAGAUAAGAAGAUGGAGGGGCUGAUUCGCAAGAACUCUGAAGCGAUGAAGCAUGCUGCGCAGCUGGAGGAGGCCCUCCGGGAGGCGAAGGCGGCGGCAGAGAAGGCCAAGGCUGAUGGCAUAGCCGAGGGCAAGGCAGAGGCCGAGAGGGUUGCUGCCGAGGUGGCGAAGAAAGCUGCCGAUGAGGCCAAAACCGCCAAGGAGGGAGCUGUGGCCAAGGCCCGAGAGGAGGCAGUUGCUGAGUUCCUUGCCGAGGGCUGGAAGGCCGAGGGCCAUAAGGAGUGGGUGGCCUCCGUGGUGGCGGCCUCGGUGGAUGCUUGGGUAGAAGGCCCCGGGGUUGACUGGCUGACAGAUAGGGGCGACGCCUACUACCAGGGGGGUGAAUUCUUUACCCAGCAUCUGAUUUACCGGAGGCUCGCCAGGCACUUUGGCGUAUCCCUCGACCAAUUUGACCCCUCAGCAUACGGCCUUCCUCCAUUGCAACCAGAUGUGAGAGUUCCCCUCCCCCCGGGCGAAGAGCGGCCGACGAUAUACGACUCUGUGAUGAUGGGGGGUGAUGGGGGCGGAUCCGUCGGAGGUGAUGCUGCUGGGGAAGAAGUCUCCUCCAAAGCCGCCGUAGAAGAUGCCCUCGGAGAUAAUGAUGCUGAAGUCACAGAGAAGAUUUGUACUUAGUCAAUUUUUGAAAAAUCUUUGUAAUGAACCUUUGUCACCCCUCGGCUUUGGCCCGUAUGUAAUAGUUACAUUGACUUUCCUUUUGAUGAUUGAUGGAUG